AUGGUCAAGCACACUUUGCUCGAUGAACAGGAUAACUACAAGGCGUAUUUGAGGUUUUACGCCCAAAACUACGAAGACCCAAGUCAAAUUCUUGCGGAAAUCGUUCCCGAGUCUCACGAACCAUCCGUGAUCCUGACGGUGGCAGCGAUGGAUUUGUUCCUGGAGAAUCGCGCACCUGACCUCUACGAAAAUGCUGGCGCACUCGAUUCAUUGCUGAGUAACACAGCCACUCGAUGCAAGGCUUCCAACCAGUUGACGGACUGGACCAUUCUACACGUGGUGGCCACGCUACACUCGACCCUCGAAUCGUUCAAGUUGCCUGUCGAGUCUAUUUGUGACGACGCGACACAAUCCAUCCAUGCAGCCAACUACAGUCAGCUCCUCGUCCUCGAGGAUGACCUGUAA